CUCUAUUGUGGCCAUGGCAAGUGAAAAACCACGCCUUCUGCACCAUUCACUUAAUGAUUCCAUGCUGAGGGAAUUGCACUGCAGCCGUUUUAUUUAUUCGUGCUGUGUUGAAAGACUUUGACAAUAUUUUUAUAUUUAUAUUUAGCAGAAACGCCUAGCCGUAAACAUGGGGGAAACCAGACUACCGCGUCAUAUGUUUUUAUGGAGUAUGGCAAUUAUUUACACGUUUGCUUUUGCAUCCCUAUAUGUCCAGAUACCAGGUCUCUAUGGCAACGAGGGGGUCCUGCCUGUGCGCCUGGUUGAGCCCCGUGUGGACGGCUCCAGGCCAGUGUUGGAGCAGAUACAUGCUCACCCCUCCCUGCUGUGGCUGGGUCCCCGGCUGGGUCUGGACCUGGGUGCCCAGCAGGCCAUGGAGCUGCUCUGCCUGGCGGGGGCGCUCUUAGCCCUGGGAGCAGCUCUGCUGGAGCCCCUCCGAGACAGCCUGGUGUUCUUCUGCCUCUGGGCCCUCUACCUCUCCCUCUGUCAGGUGGGUCAAGACUUUCUGCGUUUUCAGUGGGACAGUCUGCUGUUGGAGGCGGGCUUCCUGACCGUGCUCGUCGCUCCGCUCAACCUCCUGCGGUGGCGCUCAGCGUUCCGUCAGCAUGACGCUGUGACCUUCUGGCUGGCGCGCUGGCUCCUAUUCCGCCUCACUUUUGGCUCCGGGGUCGCCAAGCUGGCCAGCCACUGCCCCAGCUGGUGGGGGCUCACUGCGGUGAACCACAUGUUUGAGGCCCAGGGCAUCCCCUCCCCCCUGUCCUGGUUCAUCCAGCAGUUGCCAGACUGGUACCUGAAGCUGGGGACUAUCGGUCUGUUGGUGACAGAGAUUGCUGUGCCCCUCCUCUACUUUGCCCCCAUCCGCCGCCUCAGACUGGCAGCGUUCUACACUCAGGCAGCGUACCAGGUGAAGUUAAUGUUCUUGGGGAACUAUGGCUUCCUCCCCCUCCUCUCCCUGGCUCUGACUUUCUCUCUGUUGGACGACGACCAUAUCAGCUACUGGCUGGGCCACGGCAAGAAGAAGACAGCCAAGACCUGGGCCCAAACAAUAAUGUCAUUGAUGGUGUUGCUGGUUGAACUGGCUGUAUUUGCUGUCAUCAUCUAUGGAACUAAAGUGUUCUUCACACUGGAGAUUGACUGGGAGACCAAGACUAUGACCUCCAAAACCGCCUUCACCCAGCAACAGUUUGGCAAUUGGUUGAAGCUUGUGACAGGACCCACUAUCUGGGUAGGAGUUCUCUCUCUCACCUGGGAGGUGGUGGCAGCCAUGCUGGGGUGUGUGUGUGUUAGAGGGUGCCUCUGGAAGCUCUGGGGUCUCGUCCAAUGGGCUUUCUUUGCCUCUGCUGCAGUCACCAUGUUUGCUAUCAGUGUGGUGCCCUACUCGUCCAUGGAGCAGGUGUACAGCAGUAAGAUCCUACCGGAGGUGAGACAGGCCUACAGCCUAGUGGAGCGCUACAGACUGGUCAGUGCCUAUAGCCUGGACAGCAGGAUGACUGGGGUGGACGGGAGGUCAGAGGUCGUCCUAGAGGGCAGCAUGGACAAGUACACCUGGAAGGAGAUAGAGUUCAUGUACAAGCCGGGGAACGUGGGCGUGGCCCCUCCAGUGGUGGCCCCUCACCAGCCACGGUUAGACUGGCAGAUGAGCCUCGCAGCCCAGGGACUAGCCAAACAGAGCCCCUGGUUUACAAGCCUAGUGCACUGCCUACUGCAGGGCAAUAAGGAUGUGGUGAGACUGAUCCAGACAGACUCAGCCCAAUACCCAUUCAGCCAGGCCCCCCCGGUAUACCUCCGAGCCAGCCUCUACAAGUACUGGUUCACCCAGACCACACAGGACGGGUCUAGUCCUAAUGAGUGGUGGAGGAGAGACUAUGCGGAGGAGUUCUAUCCUGCAGUGCAGCUGGGUGACCCUACCCUGGAGGGCAUGCUCAGUCAGCACGGACUCAAGGAGAAGUUCCCGAUCCAGCCCAGUCCUGACUCUCCUCUGGCCCAGGCUCUGAGGCAGGUGCGGGGCCAUGUUCAGACUCUACCUGGCCACCUGGUGCUCUGGUCCCUCCUGUCCACCGUCGCCACCAUCUGGCUCCUCAAAACCCUUCUCUCUGGGGCCCUGGGGGGCCGAAAGGCUAGACCCACCCCAGCCGAACCCAAGGCCAAAAAGGCUAAGGACCAGCCAGCAGAGAAAAGAGGCUCGGCCUCCAGUCUCAAAGCAGAGAGGGAGAACUUUGAGGAGAGGAAACAGGAUGCUGACAGGAGCUUUAAGAAGAGGAAGUGAUGCGGGACUGCUGCCAUGGAACUUCCUGUUACGUUCUUGUUGUUGCCCCUUGUCUCGGGAUGGAGGGCGGAGAGAAGGGGUGUUACCUACAUGUAAAUCUCGGGUGUUUCUACAGUAACUGCCAAUCCGACCAGCUCUGUGACUCAGAGACCACCACUGUGGCCUUGUAUUCAGUCAGUUCUCAUCUGUCUCUCUCACACACACACAUAUAUAUACUGUACAUACACAAGCAAAAACGUCUAUUUUCUCUGUGCCUCCUUUCGUCACCAUAUUCUCAGGUCCGACUAUGGAUGAGUCUUCAGACAUGCCUACGGGUGAGUCCCUGACAUGACAGUACAGUGGUGCUUUAUGAGCUAUUUUAAUUUUUUUAGCUUUGCCAUCUGUUCUUCAGGGAACACUUUAUCUGAAUACUUUAUCUGAAAUCUGGGAAUGCAUUCAUACAUUUUUAAAGGUUGUUGUCCAACAGUUGUUUAAUCUUGUGCUAUGUCUUAAAUAUGAUAUUCAGGUAUCCAAAGUCAUGCUAGGCUGGGUGCAGUUAUUGUGCAAUGGUGAACCCUUUCAUGGACCGCUGAGAUGAGUUUUACUGUAUCAGACAGACUUGUCAACAGUGGUUCUGUGUAAUGAUAUCAAUACCUGGGUCCUCUAUCCUGUCCGUGAGAAACUGUAUAGCGACAUCGUCAAGAAUACUGAAUUCUGAAAGCUUUGUCCUGCUAAACCCUUUGCCCUUAGAACAGCAAUCCACAGAUUUAACUUCAAAACCCGUUUGUUGCAUUAUUUUGAACAGCUUUAAUGCAUAACUGCUCCUAAGAAAUCUCUACAUUCCACAUCUGUGUACAUUUCUUGAGACGUGUAGUAUUACUUAAGCUUAGUGUAUUAGGUUAAAGCACUGCUGCAAAAUUUCUGGGAUCUAAGGAGAAAUUCCAAGCCCUAGGGCGCUAUUCAAUCUGUAUCGCUAUAAAAGUGUAAAGCUACUUUUUUACUGGUCAGUGUUUUUAUUCAUGACUGUAUGUUGAAACUGAACACUUAGAUUUGACAAACUACAGAUGAAAAAUGUAAGACAAACUUUCAGUGCUUGUCAGAAACGUACCUUUCUAUCUCGUCAAAUCUAGUUGAUAAGGUGUGCUUCUGUCAUUGCCAGGUAUACUAACAGGUCUGCAUGUGUUGUGAUGGAGUCUGUAGCUUGGAGCUUGAAUCCCUGCUUUUACAUUUGUCUGUGGGUUCAAUCCUUAGCGCUCAUGCUUUUUAGCGAUUGGACCCGGGCUGAUUGGUCUCUGAGAGGUGUCAGUUUCUAUAGGAACAAUGACCAACAGGUGGUGCUCUGUGUCUCUGCAUUUCUUCAUGACAAAUGUACAGGGAGAAGUGUUCAGGGUGAAAGAGCCAGUGGCUCUCUGGUAAGGAUCUCACCAAUGAGGUAUGGGGUUGUAGGGUCAGCUCCUGUGUGUGGCUGUGUUGACACUCAGUAAUGGUUGGAAGGCUGGUAGAUGUCAUGGGGGUGAAUACCUUGGGUCCCCUCCUAUGAAGAGUAGUAGCAGAUAUGGAGAAAAACUCCUGGGGAAAAAGCGGGCACUUCGUUUUUAAAUAUAGUCUAACUUUUUUCCUCCAUAACCACUGCUCUUUGCUGUCGGUGAAUCGCAGGGGGAACCCCGAGACUUUAACCCUUCUGCUUAUGUUAUCACAACCUUUCAGCCAAUGCCACCUUUGUGUGGCAGCUACUCAGUGGGCAUGACUCACUGACCUGCAGAGUCCUCAGUGGGCAACCAUGCCCCAGAGAUCAAUCCUACAAACCCAUGCUUAUAGGGUGAGAUCCUAACACCAGAGCCAGAAUCCUUCACACUUUUGCUUUGCUUCAUAAUUUGACAUUGAGAGUUGGGGUGAUAUGUAUAUUUGGCUGUGGUUAAAAAUGUUCUUGAGUGUGUUGGUUGGAUGAAUGGAAAGAUUUCCUAAUGUUUGCUCAAGCUUUGCUGCAAAUGUUUUAUCAACAGAGUAAACAGACUGUUGCAUCUGGUUAUUGUCAUUUCAUACUCGUAAUAAAGAUUUGAAAUUA